AUGCAUCCACUUAAGGACUCCAAAUACACUAUCAGCUACAUUUUAGACACAACUGUCAUCGACUCAGAUACUUCUACUACUCAUUCUUUGGGUGUAAAUUCACUUCAAUAUGAUGUGGACAGAGAGAUCCUGUUUUCGGGUGGGAGAGAUGGCAUGAUUUUGAUGCAUUUUCCCACUGAAGAGUUAAAAUUGGAUCCAGAUUAUGACGACUUUGAUCAAUUGAACCUCACCGCACCUGAAGUCAAAUCUUUUAUCAAGAAUAAUCUUACCAAUGAACCAGUCAUUAUGUCACUUGAGGAGAGUAUUCGCCGAGGAAUGGACCACAUUAGACCUCAAAAAUCCUGCUACAAAAUGAAAAAGUCGGCACAAAUGCACUUAGACUGGAUUACCGAUAUGUGUGUCCUUCCACAAACUUCUUUAGUGGCAUCUUGUUCGCAUGAUUCUGCAGUGAGACUUUGGAAUUAUGAGACAAAUGUUAUUUCAACUGUUGGGUUUCACAAUGACUAUGUCAAGACAAUGGAUUUCAAUAAAAAAGAGCUUGUAUCAGGUGGUCUUGAUAGAUCCAUUAGACUUUGGGAUAUAGCGAAACAAGAAGAAUCGGCAUUUUUCACGAGCACAGAAGAGAACAGGUCUGUGUAUGCACUUGCCUGUCACGGAAACAUGAUAGUUUCUGGAGGUCCCUCGCAGACUAUUUACUUAUUUGACAAACGGACUAUGAUAAAACCAGUGAGAUCAUUCAUUGGUCAUACAGACGCUGUUCGCAGUCUAUGCCUCAAGGACCGAGGAAUACUUUCUGGAUCAUCUGACGCGACGAUAAAGCUAUGGGACUUGAGGACGAACAGGAUAAUGAGGAAUCUAGACAUACACGAAUCAUCUGUUUGGUCGCUUUAUGUGCCCAAGGAGCAAUCAGACUUUGACAUUUUUUAUUCGGGUGACAAGAACGGUCUUCUAAUGAAGACGGAUCUCCGAUCAUCCAACUUGUCUGACUUUGAUAUUUUCAACGAGAAUUACUUAAACUCUCGAAUGAAUCAAAGUCUUGGUAUAGCUACCACAGUUGCAGAUUUGAAUUCUUACUCUGGAAUGAGUUCUAAUCGAAAUGAGCAGUUUGAUAAAGCAGGAGUUCUUAGUAUUACAGGUUCCAGCAAUUCUAUAUGGGCUUCUAGUGCAACUAGUGAUUUGGGAUUCAUAACUGAUUGGACGAUUCCCAAGACAGACAAAUUAUUACUUUACCAAGGUAUCAAGCUCAACAGAAAUUUGUCGAUGUUGAACAUGACGAAUCGAAACUCAAUCGAAACCACACGUGCUGAGAAUCUUGAUAUAGCCAGUCAAUUCUCAAGUGAGAGUUUGGAUUAUAUCGAUGAUGCUUUAAAGUCACAGAUGAAAUUGCACAGACCCACUUUUGAAGUUGGGGGCUCUUUAUCCGCCAGCGGCUUGAGAAAUCUGACUGUGAACGAUUCAGAAACCGAAUCCGAAGUGGACGAUGGACGAGAGUCAUAUUUCGUCAAUUUAAACGGGGGUCCAAGCUUUGAAUUUAUUACCAAUGACGAUUACGAGGAUCCGAUUCACAAUACAAUACGGAACAACUUUGAGAAAAAACCUUUAGACAUUGUUUUUCAAAGACUACCAGAUGGUUAUGUUUCUGUUGUUCCUUAUAAUUCUAGACCGAUUGAGGUAUUGCGUGGGAAACAUGGAAUAAUCAAAUGUAGAAUGCUGAAUAAUCGCCGACAUGUGGCCGCUUUGGAUGAUGGUGGAAAGAUGUACAUUUUUGAUGUCAUUGACUGCUCACUUAAGAAGGAGAUACAUCUGUCUGAUCAUGGUAACAAAUCAACUGAAAUGGACAUUGAUACACAAUUUGAUCAUUUUAUUCAAAAAAUCCAAACUAUGGAAUCUCUUCCAAUGUGGUGCAGUGCUCAUGCGAAAGCAGGGAAACUAGUGAUUACUAUGGAGGAGUCUGACUUUGCUAGCUGCGAUAUCUACCUAGACGAAUUUGAGACGGAAUAUAGAAAUUUCAGAUUUGACUACGACGAAAACAGCGAUCCAGAAUCUACAAAGCUAAACGUUGGAAAGUUGGUACUGAAAUCUUUAUUUCUUGGUUUUGCUGAUUAUGAAAAAGAAUCUCUCAAGACGAGAAAUGCGAAUUUAUCUUGCAAUCAGAGCGGCAUUCGACGUACUUCCACGGCUUCAUCGAAUGUAUUAUCGAAAGUUAUUAACAAAGAAAAUCUGGUCUCUCUGGCAAGUGUUAACGACUCCAUUGGAGAGAAAUCAUCCGACAACGACAAGGAAAAGGCGAAACGGAAAUUCUUUGGCAAGUACAAAGCUGCUUCUUCUAGCACGGCUUCUGCCUCAAACAAUGAGGAGUCUUCCGCUGAACAAAUGAAAAAUUUAACCGAGGCAGACAUAUUACCUAAUCUUAACAGCUACAGUGAAUUGCAAAAUUAUAUCGCUACCGGUCAGCUUAAGCCCAAAAUCGUCAUUGAUCAUAACCCUGAAGUUUCGCAGUCCAAUGAUGUUCUCAUAGUCAUAAGUGAAAAGGGAAUGACGGAAACCAAAGCUUUGUUCAGUUCCCGAAAGUCAGAAAUCGAGAGCUGCUAUCCAAUCCUGGAAAAAGUAAUGCCUUUAUGGGCUCUCAAAUACUUGUUAUUUGGUUACGCCGCUGUCAAAGAUACUCCUAAAAUUGUAUUCCUAAUUGUUCCCCAUCCGUCGAUCAAUGCCGAAAGCUUGGAAGGGUUUGAUUCACACCGCCUAAAUGCUUAUCAACAAUUGCGAAUUGCAAGAGUCUGUGAAUUUGUUAGAGAAAAGCUACCGGAAUCAUUACAAGAGAAGAGAAUUCAAUUAUGGUGUAAAGGCCAGAAGCUAGACCCUCGCAUGACUCUACUUACUGUUAAGACUCGAAUUUGGAGAACGAGUGCAGAUACUGAAUUAGUGUUCAGCUUUGAAGACUAG